AUGAGUGAUAAUCAAAUAGACACAAAGAUAAAAUUAAUUUAGAUAGACUCAAUUAACUUUGAUGCUGAAGCAUUUCUUUCUUGCAUUAUCUAUAGAUGUGAUAUUGCAUAAAAUUUAAUUCAACUCCUUUAAUUAGCUAUCCAAAAUAAAUUUAUCGAUGAUCAUAACAAUACAUACAACCUUUAAAUACUCAAGAUUUGUGUAGUACAAUACAAUUAUUUCUAAUUAAUUCAAGGCAGAAAUUUCUUAAACGAAUUUUAAUAUAAAGGCAUGGCAAAUUAAUUGAAAAAGAUCUUUAUCGAUGAAAAAGAAUAUAAAUAAUAAAUUGAAUCUUUUAAAAAAAAAUAAAAUCAAAAAACUAAUCAAUUAAGGCAGGAGCUCAAAAAUAAUAAUAAUCUAUGCAAAUAAUAACAAAAAGUAAUAAUGUAUUUUAAAACACUAGGACUUAGGAUAAGAAUUCAAAAAUAUUGAAUAAUACUUAAAGGAAAAAAAUCUAAAAGAUCUUAAAUUUGAAAGACUAUAAAAUCAACUUCUUACAAAAUAAUAAAUCAAUUAUGAUAUCUACCAUUAUUUUUUCAAAAUUUAUUACUAGUCAAAGUGGUUUAAACCGUAAAACCAAACAAUUUAAUCAAUAAAGUAAAUAAAUAAUAUUUAAUAUAGAUUGCAAUGUUAUAUUACCUAAUUCUUAAAAUUAGAUAGUGAAUAUCCAAUCUAAUUUUAUUAAGACUAAAUGUUAAUAUUUGAAAAAAUCAAAAAUGAUCAGCCUCUAGACUACUAUAAAAAUAUUAUUUAAUAAAAUUGA